AUGGCACCAAUACCCACCACCACAGCACUCAGGCGCAUCCUGCUGUCUCUUCUCCUCCUCAGCACCACCACCACCACCACCACCGUCGUCACCGCCGCCGCAAUCCCCAACACCACCACCAACCAAACCUGCGCCCUCGCGCGCUACGCCCCCCGCCCCCGCCUCUUCGUCCUCACCGACAUCAGCGGCGAGCCCGACGACCAAAUGAGCCUGGUCCGGCUCCUGACGCACGCCAACGAGCUGCGCAUCGAGGGUCUCGCGGCCGUGACCUCCGUGUGGGCGAACCACUCCGUGCACGAAGAAGCCAUCCACGCCGUCCUAGGCGGAUACGCAGAGGCACUCGCGAACCUGAACGCGCACGUCCCCGCCGCCGCCGCCUACCCUCCCGCCGAGGAACUGGCGCGCACCGUCGCGGCCGGGCAUCCCGUGUACGGGCUUGCGGCGCUGGAGCAGCCGCUGAGCGGGGCGGCGGAGAAGCUCGUGCGCGCGGUGGAUGCGAGCGCGGAGCCCCUGUGGGUUGCUGCGUGGGGCGGCGCGGCGGUGUUGGCGGAGGCGCUGGCGUGGGUGGAGGGGACGAGGGGGGAGGCGGACGUCGCGGUUUUCGUGGGGCGUCUAAGGGUGUAUUCGAUUUCGGACCAGGAUGAUGCGGGGGAUUGGAUACGGAGAAGGUAUCCGGGGAUGCUGUUUGUGGUCUCUUUGACUGCGUUUAGUAACUAUGUUGAGGCGGCUUGGAAUGGCAUCUCGGGCGAGACCUUCCGGCGCUUCGACCGCGGCGGCCCGGACUCCAGCCUCGUGACCAACGAGUGGCUCUCGCAGCACAUCCGGAUCGGGCCGCUGGGCCAACACUACCCAGACUUCAAGUUCAUCAUGGAAGGGGACACGCCGUCGUUCCUGAACCUGCUACCGAACGGGCUCUCGGACCCCUCGCACCCCGAGUGGGGCGGCUGGGGCGGGCGCUACGAGCUUGCGGACGCGAGCGGGCGCAGCGCCGUCUUCGCCGACGCGGUGGACUUCGUUGUCGGGCUGAACGGGGACGAGUUCCAGAGCCAGUACGCGACGAUCUGGCGGUGGCGGCGGGCGUACCAGCACGACUUUGCGGCGCGCAUGGCGUGGGGCGCGACGGGCGACGUGGGCGCCGCGAAUCGCCAUCCUGUCGCUGUGCUGAAUGCGAGUUGCGGGCCUGCUGCGCUGGAGCUGGCGUAUCGGCUCGGCGAGACAGUGACGCUGGAUGCGUCUGCGUCGUGGGAUCCGGAUGGCGAUGCGUUGGCGUUCGACUGGUUCCAUUAUCGCGAUGUCGUGCAGCGGCUGGAGGGCGAGAUCGAGCAUGUCUCGACGGAUGUGGCGAUUACGAAGAGGGAUGAGAGGGGCAGCGUGGUGGAGGUUGAGCCGAAGAUGAAUUUGACUAUGCAUUUGAUUUUGGCCGUCACGGAUGAUAGGGACAUGGAGCUGACGGAUUAUCGGAGAGUGAUUUUGACUCCGGUUGCUUAG